CCCUGGAAUGGGCGUAGGCUCACGCAGCAGCAGCAGCAUCACAAAGGUUCAGCUCCUCCCUGCUGUGUGCUUGAUAUAGGAUGGGAGGGAGAGAGGGAGCGAGAGAGACAGAGAGGAUCAGGCACAGAUGAAUUCUAGUCUGAGUGACGGAAGCAGUGUGGGCACAUGUGAGUGAGAGAGGACGAAUCAGGAAGUAGAGAGACCUGCGCGCGUGUGUGUGUGUGCGGGAGAAAGAGACAGACAGAGUGUAAAUCAACAGAAAGAGGAAGAGGACAUAAAGAAAGGAAGAAAAAGGGCUGCAGGAGGAAGCAGACAAGACAAGGGGUCUCAGACUGAGAGGGAAGAUGGCUGAGCCGGAGCUGAAAUUGAGAGGCAGCCGAGAGAGCGUCGCUAAGGAGAAGAUGGGGGCGACUGGAGCAGAGCCUGAGCAAGAUGGUCUCAUUGUGGAGCAGCCAGCAUCUCCAUCUGACCCCGUGGGUUCUCCGCCUGCUGCCACAGGUUCCACCAACAGCCUGCCAGGCAAGGGGGAGAAGAUUGAACUCAAACGUAGCAUCACCCUCUUCAACGGUGUCGGAAUGAUUAUCGGCACCAUCAUCGGCUCCGGCAUUUUUGUCACUCCCACAGGUGUUGUCAAAGAGACUGGCUCCGCCGGGCUCUCUCUGAUCGUUUGGUCCGCCUGUGGAGUGAUAUCCACCAUGGGUGCUCUGUGCUACGCAGAGCUGGGGACAACUAUUGCCAAGUCAGGAGGAGACUACACUUACAUCCUUGAGGUAUAUGGCGAACUGGCUGCCUUUCUGAAGCUGUGGGUGGAGAUGCUCAUCAUCCGGCCGUCGUCGCAGUAUGUGGUGUCACUGGUGUUUGCGACCUACCUUCUGAAACCUCUCUACCCCAACUGCAUCGUGCCCGACAGCGCAGCCAAGCUCAUUGCCUGCCUGUGUCUUACCUCCCUGACAUUUGUAAACUGUAUCAGUGUGAAAGCAGCAACCAAGGUCCAGGACUUGUUCACCGCUUCCAAAUUGAUAGCCUUGAUCAUCAUCAUCCUCUUUGGCUUCAUUCAGAUUUCCACAGGUGAUGUGCCAUAUCUGACCCCAGAAAAGGCGUUUGAAGGGAGCAAACUGGGAGUUGGGAAUAUUGUCCUGGCUCUGUACAGCGGUCUCUUUGCUUUUGGAGGCUGGAAUUACCUGAAUUAUGUAACGGAGGAGAUGAUCAACCCAGAGAGGAACCUGCCCUUGUCCAUCAUCAUAUCCAUGCCUAUAGUCACGGUGGUAUAUGUUCUAACCAACCUUGCCUACUUCACCACCAUCUCUCCUCAAGUCAUGAUUGAGUCAGAGGCUGUUGCUGUGAGUUUUGGGGAGUACCAUCUUGGUGUGAUGUCCUGGCUCAUUCCCGUCUUUGUGGGACUGUCCUGCUUUGGUGCAGUCAAUGGAUCACUCUUUACUUCAGCGCGUUUGUUCUAUGCUGGAGCUCGAGAGGGUCAACUCCCUGCUGCUCUGGGAUUGGUCCACACAGACCUGUUCACACCAGUGCCAUCCCUCAUAUUCACAUGUUUCCUAUCGAUGAUGUAUGCCAUCUCCCAGGACAUCUUCUCUGUCAUCAAUCUCUUCAGCUUCUUCACCUGGAUGUGUGUUGGGAUGGCCAUCGCUGGCAUGAUCUGGCUGCGCUUUACCAAACCCGACCUCAGAAGGCCCAUUAAGAUUUCUCUCUUCAUCCCCGUUACUUUUGUGUUGAGCUGCGUCUUCAUGAUCGUCGUGUCCUUUUGGGCAGCUCCCUUCGAGUGUCUGCUAGGCAGCGGCAUUAUUCUCACAGGCGUCCCAGCGUACCUACUGGGCUACAAGUGGAAAAAACCCCAUGUGGUCAAGAAGAUGCUGGAAAUCUUCACCAUGUUCUGUCAGAAGAUCUUCAUGUCUGUUCCUGAAGAGAAGGAGCAACAUGGGGCGGCUGAAUAAUGCUGGACAAACUGAGCAAGAUGAAAGACUGGGUCAAUAUUUUUGUCUGGACAUUCCUGUAAUGUUUACAUUCAUCCACAUGUGAUUGGACUUUUUUUGUUUUAACUUUAUCUGACCAGGCAGGUAACUGUGAACAUAUUCAAUAUUUGCAAGAGUGGCCUGACAAAUGGAGGAUUUGUUUUAUGAAUAUUUUAUGAAUACUGCAACUUUUCUGCAAAGAAGAUCACCGGGCAUUUUACACUCCUUAUUAUGAAUUGAUUUUAGUAUUUCAGCGUAUCUCCUUAAAUGAUUAAACAUGCUCUGAUGUUCCAUGUUAGUUAAUGGAACGCCAUCUGUAAGUGUAUAACUGCUGCAGGCAUAUAAUUACUUGUGUACUGCAAGUACACAAUCAGGAGCCGCAGUGGCCUAUGACAUACAGGUAUAUUUUUCUCCUGAAGUGUACAAAUGAAUAGCUUAGGCGGGAAAAUAUAUGUCUAAUACCACUAACAACCAAACUAGACAUAGUAUAUUAUAGUUUAGGGUUUAUAUUUAUAGUUUAUAUUGUGUUAAAAUAAAGGAUUUUGCUAUAGUUGCUAUAAUCACGUCACUUUAUAACUAAGGUCAGAUUUGGAAGAGGAAGAGGUUGUCUAACAAAGCACUUACUUCAUUUUCUCAUAUGGUACUAAUGUUUGUGUUAAAUAGUAAUUCAUUCUCACAUUUUACUUGAUAUUGUUUUUUAUUUAUUGGUAAGAUGAACUUGUAGCGCUGUCGUAAAGCACAAGCUAAAGGGAGAUGAAAGAGUGUCUGUGAUGUCUGCUUGAGCUGCACUGUGAAUCAGGUCUGUUUCUUGUAUCAUUUCAUUCUGAUAUUAAACCUCAUCAGCGCCACGUGUGACGAUACUUGAUGAAAACGAUACCAGCAUCUCCGUUUGUGCGCCAUUGUUGUGAGACGGCGUAGAUAUGCUCAGAUACUGUAGUAGUGUUCGUAGUUAGCCUUAGUGUUUGUACUGAACGUAUUUGAUGUCUGUGCCAGCCGUGCCAGUGCUGAUAUUCUGUUUUUUUUUGUCAGUGUAUGACCAAAAUGAAUGUUGCAACUUUAGA